GUUGGCAUGGGAUUGGCUUUUUUACCUUAUGAUGCUUGAAAUAUGGUGUAGUGUUGUGAUUAUAUGUGUGGUUUUCUCUUUGUCAUAUUCGGGUGACGAUAAAUAGCGUGCUUCUGAGAUUGAAAAUGAGCCUGGUGCACAUAAUUGAGUUUGAGGAAGGAUGGGAUGUUAUACAGGAGGGAAUCAAAAAAUUGAAGAGAAUUCUGGAAGGACAGCAAGAAUCAUUCAGCAGUGAAGAAUACAUGAUGUUAUACACAUAUGUAUAUUACAUGUGUACACAGAGGGCUCCUCACAAUUACUCUCAGCAGCUGUAUGAUAAGUACAAGGAAGCACUUGAUAAAUACAUCAACUCUACUGUUCUGCCUGCUUUAAGAGAGAAGCAUGAUGCUGAGUUUAUGUUGAGGGAACUUGUGAAGAGAUGGGUGGAUCAUAAGCUUAUGGUCAGGUUGCUCUCACGGUUCUUCCAUUGUCUCGACGUGAAAUUUCUUACCAUAAGGUCACUACCUUCACUGAACGAAGUUGGUCUUACGUGCUUCCACGAUUUGGUUUAUCAGGAGUUGAGCGGUAAAGCUGUAAAUGGAGUUAUUGUGUUGAUUGAAAAAGAACGUGAGGGUGAGCAGAUUGAUAGAGCUUUAUUGAAGAACGUGCUUGAUAUAUUUGUUGGAAUUGGAAGGGAGAAAAUGGAGUAUUAUGUGAAUGACUUUGAAGAUGCGAUGCUUAGAGAUACUGCAGCUUAUUAUUCUCGAAAAGCUUCAUGCUGGAUUGUGGAAGAUUCUUGUCCGGAUUAUAUGUUGAAGGCAGAGGAGUGCUUGAAGAAAGAGAAGGAUAGAGUGUCUCAUUAUCUCCACGUUAGUACUGAGACAAAACUUCUGGAGAAAGUGCAAAACGAAUUAUUGGUUGUAUAUACCAAUCAGUUACUUGAGAAGGAGCGUUCCGGAUUCCGGGCUUUGCUUAGAGAUGAUAAGGUAGAGGAUUUAUCUCGAAUGUAUAGGCUAUUCAGCAGAAUUUCUAAUGGACUGGAACCUGUUGCAAAUAUGUUCAAACAGCAUGUCACUGCUGAGGGCAUGGACUUGGUGCAACAGGCUGAAGAUACGGCAAGUACCAAGGCUGAAAGUUCGGGCUCAGCGGAGCAGGUCUUUGUUAGGAAGUUGAUUGAGCUUCAUGACAAGUAUGUGGCUCAUGUUACAGGCUGUUUUGCUAAUAACUCUCUCUUUCAUAAGGCUCUUGUCGCGGCAUUUGAAAUCUUGCGCAGCAAGAUUGUAUCCGAAAAUGCAAGUGCAAAGCUCCUUUAUUGUUGUGAUAAUAUUCUUAAGAAAGGUAAGAGUGAAAAGAUCAGUCGUGACUCGUGACGCUAUAGAGGAGAUUGAAUAAGCUAUAGCAUGAACUUCACUCUUUGCUUCCUGGAAAGUUAGAUGAUACCAUAAUACAGCCAGACCUCUUUAUAACCGCCAUGCUCUAUAUCAACAUUCCACUAUGAUGGCCAAAUGUUCUUUGGAACCGACUUUUCAUUAUGUUAUAUUUUUUUCUAUAAUAAUAUUUCGCUAUAGCAGCCCAAAAAAUGUCAUUUGUCUGUAGGGUUUAAAACUAAAUAGACGCAUAACACAGGCAGAUUCUGCAUUUUACUCCCUUUGUUAUUUUCUUCAACAGUAACAAUGACAUGAUAAAAUUUACUUAGUCUGCCCAGUUUUACAUUUCC